AUGGACGAAUUCUUUCAUCUAGACUAAUUAGAUCAUUAUUUGAAUGGAGACUGGGCUUAUUGGAAUGAUAAAUUGACCACUCCACCUGGAACUUAUUUUUUGUUCUACCCUUUUCUUAAAUUAGGAUAAUUUUUUGGUUUUAAGAACACAUUGCUUGGUGCUAGACUGCUAAAUUCAUUUCUAUUGGGCUCUGCAAUUUUGGUCUUUCUUAAGAAAAUAUUUUAAGAAAUAAAUUCAAAAGAUAAAGUAUUUCUAAGCUAUUAUGUUCUUUUUACACCUACUAUUUACUUCUUUAGUCACUUAUUUUAUACUGAUUCCGCAUCACUGGUAACUUGCUUGGGGAUGUACUACUACUCAAAAAAAUAAAAGUUUACUUUAUCAGGAUUAUUUGGUUUAGUUUCAAUUCUAAUUAGGUAGACAAAUGUGAUAUGGAUACUCUACAUUUGCUUAAUUAGUUUUAUAGAUUAAAAUCUUAAAGCAUUCUAAGAGAAAAGUUUUAUGCAUAGCUCAAAGAGUUUAAUAGGAUUGCUUUUUAAAAAUAUAUUUAGCAUAGCAAGAAUGUUUAAAAUGUAGAUUAUUUUAGUCAUAGCUUUUACUUGUUUUGUAAUUUAUAAUGGCUCUAUUGUUUUAGGAGAUAAACUGAAUCAUGAAUCAUCUUUUCAUCCUACCCAACUCUUAUACUUAUCACUAUUUGCUUUCUUGAAUCUACCCUUAUCAGUAAAGGCUUAUUUCAGUAACUUAAAGGAUACAUUGAAGAAUUAAAAGGUAGCAUUCUUAAUACUCUUAGCUAUUUCUUUAGGAGUUAUUCACAAAUUUACAUUUGCUCAUAAGUUCAUUCUUUCUGAUAAUAGACAUUAUAUUUUUUAUAUUUGGAAAAAUUUUUAUGGUCGUUAUCCCAUCUUCAAAUAUUUAAUGGCUCCAGUUUAUUCUUUCUCAAUUGCUUUUAUCUUGAAUAUUUUCAAAUAGAAUGGAAUUUAGUAGCUAAACUGGCCUUGUUGA